CCCUUAAUCUUAGUCCUCCAAACAACUUAAUAUAGAUUAAAAAAAUAUCCGUAAAUUCUCUCAAAGGUUUUAGGGUUUUUGCUGCUAGGGCAAGUAUUUAGCCCUAAAUAGCUCCCCGCCUCUGUUCUUCUUUUGUGUUAUUAGUCUGGGGAGAGACGAAGAACAGGCAGAGGCAGAGGAGGUUCUGCGGCAGCCAUGGUGCACGUUAGCUUUUAUCGCAACUAUGGUAAGACCUUUAAGAAGCCUCGUCGUCCUUAUGAGAAAGAACGGUUGGAUGCUGAGCUAAAGUUGGUUGGAGAGUAUGGUCUCCGUAACAAAAGAGAACUCUGGAGGGUUCAGUAUGCCCUGAGCCGUAUUCGUAAUGCAGCAAGAAUGCUUCUUACUCUUGAUGAGAAGAAUCCUCGUCGGAUCUUUGAGGGUGAGGCUUUGCUGCGUCGCAUGAACAGGUAUGGACUUCUUGAUGAGAGUCAGAACAAGCUUGAUUAUGUUUUGGCAUUGACGGUUGAGAACUUCCUUGAGCGCCGACUCCAGACCCUUGUGUUCAAGUCUGGGAUGGCCAAGUCAAUCCACCAUGCUCGUGUGCUCAUCAGACAACGACAUAUAAGGGUUGGCCGUCAGGUGGUGAAUAUACCAUCUUUCAUGGUCAGAGUUGAUUCACAGAAGCACAUAGACUUCUCUUUAACUAGUCCUCUUGGUGGAGGACGGCCUGGUCGUGUGAAGCGAAAGAACAUGAAGGCAGCAUCAAAGAAGGCUGCAGGCGGAGAUGAAGAGGAGGACGAGGAUUGAGUGAUAGCAAAAUAGAUAGCCUUUACUUUGCUGUCGUAGAGAUUUGUUUGAUGCUCCAAUGUCUUGGAGCUUGUGGCUUUGCUAGAAAUAUGAUGUAGGACCUUCUUUAAUAUAUACUGUAGUCAAGUUUUGUUUUGAUCAUUCAUUCCUCUUCCUAAGAGCUGGAAUGAGACGGAUGGCUAUUAAGAGUAAAUUUAACAAAGUUCUUUUCCUUCCA